AUGUCCAUGCUCUUUUGCUGCGGCUUCCGUCGUCGAGGCAGGCAACCUGCAGGAGACGCUGACUUGGUCGAAUCACCAGAGGAGCACGGCAUGCGGUGGGGGCUCCCUGAUAUUCAACAUUGCCUUGAUCAAUCGCGUCUGCCCGUGGAAAUGCAGAUUCGGUCUCGAGAUGCGUCGAUGCUGCCGGCUGAGCUGCCCUCUGAAGACCCAACCGAGCUGGGCCAGCUGGUAGUGGACGAUUCCGAUGGCGAGGGCGAGGAAGAGAAUCCUUUGACAAAGACGAGCAGUGCCUUGAAUGUCGUUCGAACCAAGUUGAUACGUCACAUCUCUCAUGAGAACGAGCCAAACCGUCGGUCUCGAGCAUCUGCGGGCCACAGCCAAGAAGAGGUUGCUCGAAGGGCCGAGCUCAGGCGAUUUCGGCAUCAGAGGAUCCAAGAGGAGCUCAAGAACGAAGAAAGCAAUGCCGAGUCGAGCAGCACGUCUCACCGCAGCACUCGCUACCUUUCCCCCCUUAUUGACGCCGGACAACCGAGAAUUGGACCCAGGGACGCCUUGGAAUUCACGGUCGAAGACGCGCAUCUAAAUCCAGCACAACCACCUCCGACACAAGAUGCGCAAUCUGCCGAAACUCACCACAAAGAGGCAUGCGGCUCCUCCCAAGAUCAAGGUGGGGAGUCAAAAUCUCCUGUUACACCGGCAUUAUCUGGCGUGGAGGGCUGGGAUCAAGGUCACCCUUUACGGCCACCCAGCACGCACAGCUCUACAUCUCAAAAGUUGACAGGAUGCUCGGUCAAUGUGCCUCGUCUGGGACGUUUUUUGGGUGCUGAUAACGAGUUCGAUAUUCGCCAUGGUGCUCAUGCUUGGGAGGAACAGUCUUCUCUUGGCAUCUGGCUUGCUGCCCAGGGUUUGCAAUCACGAAGCAGCUCCGUUCGCCCCGGAAGCAGCGAGACGCAUGAUAAGAAUCCCGGGAUUCAAGUUUUCUCACCCAGGGAAGAUUUUGGCGGGAUCGAUAGUACCGUAGAGGCUCCAUUACCGACUCGUUGCCGCGAAAAUGAUGUGGAAGAGCCUCACGAUGGAAAGAACUCCUUCGAAAGCGUAUCAUUCGAAUCAAGCUUGUCCAAUAACCGGGUGCAGAGCGAAGCCAAUGCUACCUUUCUUGGUCGGCAUGUACUCUUGGAGCCUGAUACCUUGGAUAUUGGCACAUUGAAACCCGUUGAUCCCAGCUCUUCCGACUAUCCUUCCGUUCUUCCAAGCUUCCAGCCCAGCCCAAAUCGAUCUCAAUCCAAUUUACAUCAUCUUAGUGCAGAGGACCUAGAAAGCCUUGAGCUUUCGCCCUUUAGCUCGGAAGAAAACAUCCUGUUCUCCGAUAAUGAUGCUAGCACUACUCAAAUCAACUGUCCUGCGGUAGAAAACUCGGUUGAUGCGCCACCAUUGGCCUACUCUGGUACUGCGAGGUUUCGGCAACGAGAGGCCAAGAUGCAGACAAUUGGGACAAGGCUCGGUGACGCCCUGUCCCGUAAGAAGCCAUCCUUGAACUUCGGCAGCCGCUUCAAAGAAGAUUUUCUUACAAGUUCUACUGGGUCGGGCCGCCGAUCGUUCAUGACGAAAAUGAAUCUUUCUGUCCCAAGGAGAUCCAAAUACAGCUCCAAUAGCUUUGGUACGGCGCAAAGUAGACACUACUCGAUUGAAAGAAGCUCCUUGGCUCUGGGACGCGAAGAAUCGAAUGCUGUGCGACUGGAGACACCUACUGGCGGAUCUUCGCCCUUUAAUAAACACGAGGCUUAUUUCUCGCCGAUUGACUUGAGCCCGGCCGCACUUACUCGUGCACAGGACUACCAGAACUCACUCUUAUCACGGCCGUCAGGAGGCUUUGACAUCUCUAGACUCACACCACACUCAGAGCUCUUAUUGGACGAAGCUCAAAGUCCUUCAAGUCGGAUUCUCCAGCAUUGGACGACCAAUCUUCAGGGCACAUUUUCGCCCAAUUCUAUCCCAAAACCCGGUCAACCAUCCAAGACCAUUAAACGACUGACCAAGAUACCCCCUUCACAGCCACAAAGCCUCCAACUCUGUGAAGAGAGAACUAGGAACGCCAAUCUUCAUCAACAGCAGAUAGAUGGAGGCAAUAAAUGGGUUGUAAAUGGUUCCAUUUCAGAGUCAACAUCACGCUUUCGAGCUGGCAAGCUCGGAAAAGCUGUGAAGUCUGGGUUGAAAAAACUUUUGCCCUCCCACGACAAUGAGAACCAAGCUCAGUUCUUUCAAAUUCCAGAAAACCAGCGACGACACGAUGAAAACGAAAAGUGCUCAGGACACAAGAGCGUGAGAACUGAUACACCAACUGUCGCAAGUGAGCACCAAAACCCUACAUCAAAAAGGGCGGCUGAAUAUGACGCUGCCUAUUCAAAGCAGUACUUGUCUGCUGAAUUAGCCUCUUGCCACCAACCACCUGUAAUGAAGCUCAGAAAUGCUAUUGAUCUUGAAUAUCUGAAAGAAGCUGACGGGGUUGCUACGGAACCGGAGGCGCAGAAGCCAGUUGACGAGUCCAGUCGGAGCCACCACGGGGAAGAUGAAUCGAUGGGUGAUCUCCCUAUACAGCCACGGAGAAGGCUGUCAUUCGAGGAAGAGAAAAAUAGCAACCCUGAAGGGACUGAUUCAACAUCGACCUCCAGCGAGAGAAGGGCUCUUCGACGUUGGAAAUCAGCAUUGGAUGCACCGACAAACAGGAAGCCGUCUUUAGCAUGUACUGGCCAAUCCAUGGCUCAAUCUCUUAGCUUGGGCAAUCUUAGGGCUUAG